AUGGCAACGAACGGCAGGCAGGGGGCGGCGGCGCGGCUUCGUCCGGAGUGCCCGCGGUGCCAUUCGGGCGACACCAAGUUCUGCUACUACAACAACUACAGCAUCACGCAGCCCCGCUACCACUGCAGGGGCUGCCGCCGCUACUGGACCCAAGGCGGCGCCCUCCGCAACGUCCCCGUCGGCGGCGGAUGCCGCAACCGCAGCAGCAGCACCAAGCAGCGCUCUUCCGGCAACAAGAUCGCCCGCUCCACGGUGCCGCUGCCUGAUCCGGCUGCUGCCUCCUCCUCGUCAGGCCCAACGGCCAUGGCAGCGUCUUCCAUGGUCAACCUGAUCCCCACCAUGCUCCCGGCCUUCGUGCCCCCACCGGGCUGGGGCAGGGACCUGGUUGUUCCACCAACGCCGUCUUUCCUGGACAUCCUGAGAUCUGGAGGAGGCCUUCUUCCGAUUGACGGCGCCAUGCCGCACCGUCAGAACAACACUGACUACUAUGCCGACAUUGGCAUGGCCAUGCCGUCCUUUGGCGGCACUGCCACGGUGCAUCAGGAGCUCGCUGUUGGCGAGGAAGGAGCUGGCGACGGCGGUGUGGGUGACAUGCCCAUGCCAAUGCCGAUGGCUGGGCUUGAGUGGCAGCCGCAACUGAUUGGUGGCGUUAAUGGUGGCAUUGAAUCAUCAGGAUUUGCGCAGCAGCAUCUGGGCGCUGGCGAGAAGAACGUGACAGACAACGACAAGUACAUCAUCAACGGCGGCGAAGGGCCGUCGAGGGACGACUACUACUGGAUCGACGACGACAACAAUGGAGGAGGCCCAUGGCAGGGCCUCACCAACAACAGCCAGUAG